AUGGGGUGUACACCUUCACACAGUGACAUUGUAAACAGCGUUGCAAAGAGUGGCAUUCAGUUCUUGAAAAAGCCCAAAGCAAUUCGGCCAGGAUGUCAGGGCGGAAGUGAAAGAGGUUCCAUCCCUUUGCUGGUUAAAAACUCCACCUGCUAUGACGCUGGGGAGGGCCUGGCAGAGGAGCAGCCAAGUUCCAGGAGGAACCAAACCACAGCUAAAGGUCUUUGUCAGCUUAUGGGAGAUCCUGCUUCAGGCAAAAGGAAAGAUAUGGAAGGACUGAUCCCAGGAACCAAAACCCCUUCAUCCCAGCUGAACAAAUCACAAAGCCACAUGGCUAAGGACAUUCUGUUCAAGACACAGGGUUCCCAUGGAUCACAAGGGGCAGACUUUUCUGGAGAUGAGAGUCAGGAAAGUAGUACCCAAGACACUUCCAAAUGGAAAAGGACACAAAAAUGUCACACGUCAAGCAAACAGAGCCAUUGCUACCAAACCAUUCACCCUGCUCAUGAGUCUGAAGGCAAAGUGGACUUCCCGGAGCCCCUGGUAAAGGCCCACCAGCACGCUUACACCUAUCUCCACUCCAGCCUCUCCAAAUAUGAAGCAAUUCUGUGCAUCAUCCAUCAGGCCACCCAGACCCGGGAGCUGCUGCAGCCCAUGGUCAGCUUCCUGCUGCUGUGCUUUGAGGAGAUCAGCCAGCUUUUGGGGGAGAUCUCCAAGGAUGGAGAAGUACUCCUGCAGGAAGUUAGGGAGGAUCUGGCUUGGCCUUUGAAGAAAAGAGAGCCCCAGGAACAACCAGAUCUCCUGCAACAGCUGCUGCAGUACACAGUCAGCAAACUGCAGGUGCUCAAUGGCACGGUGGCCUUGCUCACCAACAGCUUCCUGGAGGGCUCCAGCAGCUACCUCCACUCCACUGCAACCCACUUGGAAAACAAGCUGAGCGUUAAAAGGAACGUGGAUGAAUGCCUCCUGGGGACUCUGGGGCAGCUACAGAGCCUGGCGAGUGGCCGUGGUGAUGCUGGGGUGCAGGGUCUCCCCUUAUGCUCUGAGGACAGUGGCAUUGGUGCUGACAAUGAGUCUGUGCAGUCGGUGGACAAGCUGGGCAAGCAAACCAGCUGGGACCUUGCACCAGAGCCUGAAGAAUGGAAGUCGGUGACGUCGCCCCACACAGAAGCCAGGCAGUCCGGACAUGCCUGGCAGCAAAGUCCAUUCUGUAUGGGUUCAGACAGACCCCAGGACUGCCUGCUCGCAGGGGCUCCUAUGGCAAAGGUUCAGCCACAAGCACAGGAUGAAGCAAGGAGCCCAUGCCUCUCCAGUACAAGCCCAGAAAAUAUCACCUCCCCGCCUUUGAAGCUGGGGACAAGCACCCCAUGUGAUUCCUUUGGGAUUGGGGUCUCUGUGGAACCACAUCUUUCCAAAACCUCCAGGCUGAUGGACGCUCCAUCUCUUAGUGACAGCGAGGACAGCAGCCCAGAGGAGGAAGACGAAAUGAGCAGCAUGAGUCUGUGUGUCUGGCAGGAAAAAACUCCACAUUCAAGGCCACGAUCUUCACCUGCUGACCGGGAAAGCCCAUUUCAGGCCCGCACCAGGAGGCUUAGGAGCCUCCAGGCCCAGGAAAUGAUUCUGAAGAUGAAGGAAGCAAUCAGCGAAAGGAUCAAGUUUGUUCCUGUGCCCUCUGGGCACCAGGAUUGGUCUGAGGAGGAGGAGGGGAGGAUAGUGGUCCCCCCAAGACCUAGCACCAUCAGUGGCAGCAGGAGGGCCCCUGAGAGGCAGAGGAGGUCCCAGUCAGAGUCAUGUCUCCAGAGUCACAUGGAGGACCCCACCCUUCAGGAGCUGCGAAGGGUCCAGAGGGACCUCGGUCAGAAGCUGGAGGCAUUUUAUGCCCUGGGUGCCAAAGGGCAGGAGCAGAGCCAGGAGCAGAUUCUGCAGCCCAGAGCAGCAGCCGUGUGGCCCAAUGGCACCUGCAAGGUCAGUCCAAGCAACACCACCAGCAGGCUCAAGGCAUCCCUCACCAAGAAUUUCAGUAUUUUGCCUAGUCAGGACAAGAGCAUCUUGCAGAAAUGCAGUCCCCAUCCUGAGGACGAACAGGGCAAAGCUGAGAAGCUUCCAAAUGCCAUCCCAUCAGGAGAUGUCAGUGAGGCUGCCGAGGCCACAGACCAGAAUGUCAGGGGCUGUCCCACCAGAACAUCCGUCAAGAAGCUUAUUGAAACUUUCAGUCCCACAGACAGUCUGAGGACACUGGGGGACUCUAAGGACUCUGGGGCAAGUCCCUGCCUCAGGAAUUGCAUCAUGCCGCCCAGACUUCCCAUGUACAGGGGGCUUGCCCCUUUGUAUCCGAAGUCCCAAAUUUCUCCAGCAUCAGGCAGAGAACCUCUCAAAAUGGGCAUAGGCUGGAAGCCCUUAGCACCUAUCUUUCCCCCUCUGCCCAAAGCAGAAGCAGCCAAGAGUGAGGAGCUCAGCUGUGAAAUGGAGGGGAACCCCGAGCACCUCCCUCCACCGCCCCUGGAAGUCCUGAUGGACAAAUCAUUCGCUUCUCUGGAGUCCCCAGAAAGCAGCAAGUCCAUAGAGAGCUCCCCCGAGGAAACCCAGGAGCCAGGGCCGGGAGAGGCUGGCCCCACCAGGAGAACUUGGGCUUCCCCAAAGCUGAGGGCCUCUGUGAGCCCCCUGGACUUGCUGCCCAGCAAGAGCACCGCCAGCCCCACCAAGCCUCGCAGCACAGGGCCAGGGAGUGGCAGGAGCAGCUGCCAGCCCAGGAAGCCAGUCCUGGACGUGAGCCACCCACCAGCCACCAGCCAAAGCCCAGAGGUGAAGGGUGGGACUUGGAGUCAGGCAGAGAAGGCCGCCAGCCUCUACAGGCAGCCCCGGAAGGCCAUCGCCUGGCACCACUCCAGCCCUCCAUCUGGACAAAACAGGACCUCAGAAUCCAGCCUGGCCAGACUGAGGCAGAGCCGAGAGAGAAGCCCCGCGGUGGGCAGAAAGGCCUCUCCCACGAGGACACCCUGGGUGCCCCAAGCAGACAAGAGGCGCCGGAGCCUGCCCUCCUCUUACAGACCUGCCCAGUCAAGCCCCUCUGCCGUGCAGACGCCCCCCAGUCCACCACUCAGCCCUGGAGCUCCCAGCCCACCUGUGAGCCCCAGGGUGCUAAGCCCUCCAACCACAAAGCAGCGAACUUCCCCAUCGCACCAGCCCAAGCUGCCCAGCCCUCCCCCCGAGAGUGCACCCGCUCAGUGCAACGUCUCUGGCCCUCCAACCCAGCACCCAGAAGCAAGCCCCCCUUCCUCGAUUCCCUCCCCAUCACCCCCAAUGUCCCCUUCUCAGGGGCACAAGGAAACAAGAGACUCUGAAGACAGCCAAGCAGUCAUAGCCAAAGUGUCUGGGAACACACAUUCCAUAUUCUGCCCAGCUACCUCCUCUCUGUUUGAAGCUAAACCGCCGCUCUCAACAACCCACCCACUGACCCCACCAUCGCUGCCGCCAGAGGCUGGAGGCCCUCUCGGGAACCCAGCAGGAUGCUGGAGGAACAGCUCAGGGCCUUGGCUGCGAGCAGACUCACAGCGGAGAGCGGCUCUGUGUGCCCUCAACCCUCUGCCUUUCCUCAGGAGGACAGCUUCUGACCGCCAGCCGGGUGCCCGACCGCAGCCUCCCGUCUUGAACCCCACCAGCACCUCUUGUGAAUCCCAGCUCAGCCAAAGCAGCAGCAGCGAGGAGAGCCCUAAGAAGGACACAGAGCCGGGGAGCAGCCCCUGUUCCCCUGAACUGCAGGGCAGCAGCAGGCGUGCAUCUCCCCCAGAGUUCUGUGUGCUGGGCCACGGGCUGCAACCAGAGCCUCGCGCCGGCCACAUCCAGGACAAAUCCCAGCCAGAGGCGCAGCCCCAGCAAGAGGAGGUGUCCUGACAGGCUGACGAGGGGGCCACGCUCAUGCAGUCACCCCAGAAGGCCAAGUGUGACAGCCAAGUGUCCCGCCUGACCCAGAGAUGGUGGGCAAACCAAACUCCUACCGAGGUGUCCUGGAAAGGCCUGGAAGGUGCACUGCCCAGCAGGUCUGCUGAAUUUUAAACAAACGCCGUUUUCAGUCCCAGAUCCUGUUCUGCCUUGGGGUUCAAAGGUUAACCAGAACUUUAGACCCCACAAUGACAGUAUUUAAUCCUUCAAGUGCUGGCCUUAAUUUUGGGGUGGGGUGGGGAGUGGAGAAUGUAUUUGUUGCAUGCUUGAUAGGGUUUUAACUGGGUUCGUUCCUUGAGAUCACUGAAGCCUCACAACGGUGAAUGAAGCAGACAGCAUUCUCCAGUUUUGCACACAUGAAAACCGAAGGUGUGGGGAGAGGCCCCCUCACGUGUUUUGCUCAAGGUCAUACAGCUAAGAAGAGAAUAGAGCAAAAUUUUGCACAGAUGAGUCUGGUGCUAGAAUCUCUCUGCUCUUUUUAUUACAUUCCAUUGCCCAUAAGUAUUGCGUCACUCCACCUGCCUAAAGCAGACAUGGGUGCGCAAAUGGUCGGAAAGCUUCUUUGUUGUAAGGUUAAGUCGUGGCACAGCAUUGAAGCCCCUAUUGAGAGCUUUGUUUAGAAGUGCGUGGCUCCCAAAAUGAGAAGGCUGAGUGAGCUGGGAUUAAAACACACAGCCCCACCUGUCCUCUGUCCUCUCCUCCUUCCCAAGCUCAGUUUCAGUGCUUUAAACCCAAAGCUGAAAGCUCACAAUACCAGCCACGCUGCCUCUCGGCCUAAGCAUGUAGCAAAUGCUCUCACUGCCCUACGCAUUACGUGCUUCUCGACUGAGUAGGGUAAACUAAGCCUCCCAAACAAGGCAGCCCAUUCUCUACAUGCCGUGGGCGCUGGAGCACAGAAGAUAGCGUGGGUAAGGCAUACGCACUCACACGCCAAUCUCCCCUCAGAGGCUUCUUGGCCAACUUUAUUCCCAGGUCAUCUUGCAAGAACUUCUGCUGGAGUUGAAAUCAAAGUGAAAAACAGUUGUUCAUGCCAAAAACCUGCUUCUGCCAAUGAGCUAGAUAUUUGCUGCCAAUCUUGGAAUGUUUCCAUUGGAGGCUGUGGUGUACGUUCUGUUUAGAAAGGAUUUUGCAGUAACUGAGUGAUUCAAUGCCGGCUCAAUGGGUUGGCAAAAGACAAGAAUUCUUACCCACUGCGGUACAGCUAAGGGACGAUGCUCCAGAUCUGCUGCAAAGCUGAUUUUUAAGGUUUGGGGAAAUUACAGACCUCAAACCCAUUCUUGCUGAGAUUGUGGGCUAAAAAACUUGUGAAACUGUGUCCCUAGGGACUCCAGCUACCUCCCCCAGAGAGAGGCUAUGACUCUGAGUAAAUGAAUCCCACCUCAACUUGUCCAGUUAUUAUUCAAAGGCACCCAAAGAACAGCUGAUUAAACUACCAAGAGGGGCCACAACCCGCCCCUCUGCUGGAAAUGCACA